CGUCCGGGGCGCGCCCGCCGCUAUUCAGCUUCCCGGGCUCAUUAGCAGUCUCGGUGUGCGGCUCGGCGCGGGCUCACAAAGAGCUGCGGCGGCGGCCCCGCGCGCGGCCUCGCGGACCGAGCCGGCGGCGGCGGGGCGGGGGCGCCCGUCACCCGCGCAGCCCCGUGCCCAGGCCAGUCUCCAGAAGAUCUGAGCGUUGCUGAAUCUCGUGUGGACAAGCCAGCCGCCGAGGCCAGGACUGUCUUGCGGAUGGCUGAGAGUCCUCUCGGGCCUGGAGAUUCCAAAAAGAUUUCAUCACCAGGAGGUUUUUCGGGGCGUUAUCAAACCACUCAUUUUCGGUGAACACAUCCAUGUAACUACCACCCACAUGAAGAAAUAAAGCAUCACCAGAACCCAAGAAUCCCCCCCGGUGUCCCCUCCCAGCCACAAUCCCGCAUACCCAAAGUGGCUGCCUCCUGGUGAUGAUGGCCGCAUGAGCAUCCACCAUGGCCAACCGGAAGCAUCAGAGUACCGUGAGCAGCAUGCUGGACCACAGGGCGAGGCCGGGCCCUGUCCCCCAUGGCCAGGAGCCCGAAAGUGAGGAUGCGGAGCUGCCCCUGGAGGAGUACAUGCCCAAGGGCCUGGAGCUGGCUGCCCUGCGGCCGGAGAGCCCCACGCCUGCAGAGCAGGGGUGCCACGAUCACAGCCCCGACGGGGACUCCAGCUCCGACUAUGUGAACAACACCUCCGAGGAGGAGGACUACGAUGAGGGCCUCCCUGAGGAGGAGGAGGGCAUCACUUACUACAUCCGCUACUGCCCCGAGGACGACAGCUACCUGGAGGGCAUGGACUGCAAUGGGGAGGGUUACCUGGCCCAUGGCACGCGCCACCUGGAGACAGACGAGUGCCAGGAGGCGGUGGAGGAGUGGACGGACUCGGCAGGCCCUCACCCGCACGGCCAUGGGGACGAAGGCAGCCCGGACUACCAGGAUGGCCACCUCCCCAUCCCGGAGGACGAGGCUUCCGUCCUGGAGGCCCAGGACCAGGAAGAAGGCAUCCACUACUGUCCCAGUGAAGAGGGCUACCAGGAUUACUACCCCACAGAGGCCAACGGGAACGCAGGCACUACUUCCCCCUAUCGCCCAAGGCGUGGGGAUGGGGACCUGGAGGACCAGGAGGAGGACAUCGACCAGAUCGUGGCUGAAAUCAAGAUGAGCUUGAGUAUGACCAGCAUCACCAGUGCGGGCGAGGCCAGCCCCGAGCACGCACUGGUGCGGGGGCCUGAGCCGGGGCCCGGGGACUCCACAGAGGCCUGCCCACCCGGCGAGGCCAGCCACGGCCCCAGCAGACACGAGGGAAGGCCCAAGUCGCUGAACCUCCCUCCUGAGGCCAAGCACCCCGGAGACCCCCAAAGAGGCUUCAAGACCAAGACUAGGACUCCAGAGGAGAGGCCAAAGUGGCCCCAAGAGCAGGUUUGCAAUGGUUUGGAACAGCCGAGGAAGCAGCAGCGCUCUGAUCUCAAUGGACCCGUUGACAAUAACAACACCCCGGAGACAAAGAAGGUGGCAUCGUUUCCAAGUUUUGUGGCUGUUCCAGGGCCCUGUGAACCAGAAGACCUCAUCGAUGGGAUCAUCUUUGCUGCCAACUACCUGGGGUCCACCCAGCUGCUCUCAGAACGGAACCCUUCCAAAAACAUCAGAAUGAUGCAGGCGCAGGAGGCCGUCAGCCGGGUCAAGAAUUCUGAGGGGGACGCCCAGACUCUGACCGAAGUGGAUCUCUUCAUCUCAACUCAGAGGAUCAAGGUGUUAAAUGCGGACACACAGGAAACCAUGAUGGACCACGCCUUGCGCACCAUCUCCUACAUUGCGGACAUUGGGAACAUCGUGGUGCUGAUGGCCAGGCGCCGCAUGCCCCGGUCGGCCUCUCAAGACUGCAUCGAGACCACCCCCGGGGCCCAGGAGGGGAAGAAGCAGUAUAAGAUGAUCUGCCACGUGUUCGAGUCCGAGGACGCCCAGCUGAUCGCCCAGUCCAUCGGCCAGGCCUUCAGCGUGGCCUACCAGGAGUUCCUGCGGGCCAACGGCAUCAAUCCCGAAGACCUGAGCCAGAAGGAGUACAGCGACAUCAUCAACACCCAGGAGAUGUACAACGAUGACCUCAUCCACUUCUCCAACUCAGAGAACUGCAAGGAGCUGCAGCUGGAGAAGCACAAGGGCGAGAUCCUGGGCGUGGUGGUGGUAGAGUCAGGCUGGGGCUCCAUCCUGCCCACGGUGAUCCUGGCGAACAUGAUGAACGGCGGCCCGGCUGCCCGCUCAGGAAAGCUGAGCAUCGGAGACCAGAUCAUGUCCAUCAAUGGCACCAGCCUGGUGGGGCUGCCCCUCGCCACCUGUCAGGGCAUCAUCAAGGGUCUCAAGAACCAGACGCAGGUGAAGCUCAACAUCGUCAGCUGUCCGCCGGUCACCACGGUCCUCAUCAAGCGGCCUGACCUCAAGUACCAGCUGGGCUUCAGCGUGCAGAACGGAAUCAUCUGUAGCCUCAUGCGAGGGGGCAUCGCGGAGCGAGGCGGUGUCCGUGUCGGCCACCGCAUCAUCGAGAUCAACGGGCAGAGCGUGGUGGCCACAGCCCACGAGAAGAUAGUCCAGGCUCUGUCCAACUCUGUUGGGGAGAUCCACAUGAAGACCAUGCCCGCCGCCAUGUUCAGGCUCCUCACGGGCCAGGAGACCCCGCUGUACAUCUAGGCCGCCAGCCUGUAGUGCCCAGCCCGCCCGGGCCUGCAGGAGCCGAGGCCCAACCCAGGACCUGACCCCUGACCCCACAGCCCACCAAGGACACUGGCUCCCCUAAAGGGCGUGCCCUCAACACCUACUCUUUUUUGGACAAAAAGGGGUAUGUCUUUAUCAAAGGAGCGUCACAGGAACCAGUCUUUGUAGAACGUUGAGUAUUUUGCCACAUCCUGCAUUUCCUCGUCUCGACUGCCCAGUGUGUCUGUUUGUCCCUCUGUGGUGUGGAGUGUGUCUUGCUCCCUGAAGCCGUGGAGGGCGGACGUGGGUGCCUCUGGAGGUGGCUGUGAAGGGAGUCCUCGAGGACAGUGAGCUCGUGGGGUGGCAGUGAUGGCUCCUCCUGCCCCUUUGGCUGGAGGUCAGGGUCCUUCGGGGGGAGGGCACCCCGACAGCACCGAACCGGCUGAUUUGGCUGCUGCCUUCUCGGCGGGAGUGUGGGCAGCCCAGCUCUCAGGAUGUGACUUGUUAUUGAAUUUGGGAACAUGUGAUUGUAUUUAACGAGAAAGGCGACGUUCCUGAGUUAAAUAAAAGAUGAUGGCCUCAA